AUGCCUUUUGGCUUAUCAAACGCCCCGGCAACAUUUCAGGCCUUAAUGAAUACUAUUUUUCAGUUUGCUCUCCGGUGUUUUGUCCUCGUUUUCUUCGAUGAUAUUCUUGUUUACAGUCCUACCUGGGACCGCCACCUGCAAGAUUUGGAACAGUUGCGAGGCUUUCUAGGCUUGAGUGGAUACUACCGAAGGUUUAUCAAGCACUAUGCCACCAUUGCUAAACCACUGACAGAUCUUCUUCGCAAGGAUAGUUUUCAGUGGACUGAUCAAGCAGAGGACGCCUUCCUUCAUCUCAAACAAGCCGUGACCACCGCCCCAAUUUUAUGCUUACCAGACUUUUCCCAGCCAUUCAUCAUCGAAACAGAUGCUUUAGGGUCCGGGAAAUUCAAGCAUUAUUUAGUGGGCCAGAAAUUUGUUAUCCGCACCGAUCAGCUAUCUCUUCGUUAUCUCACUACACAGGCAAUCCAAACACCUGAGCAACAGAAAUGGUUGUCCAAAUUGCUGGGGUUCGACUUCACUAUUGAAUACAAACCAGGCAAAGACAACGUCGUCGUAGAUGCAUUAUCCCCUGUUAGCGGAGUUUCAUGCGUCUCAUGUGGGGGGGCACGCAGGUACUAUACACUUAUGCUAGACUUGCACAUCAAUUAUAUUGGCCUGCAAUGCGUAAAUCUGUCAACUAGUUUGUCCGCCGUUGCCUCAUAUGUCAACAAGCUAAAGAGUCUCAUUGUGGACCGUUUGUCCAAGUAUGGACAUUUUGUUCCUUUACGGGAGGAUUUUACUAGCGCCUCAGUGGCCGAAGCUUUUGUGGCUCAUGUAGUCAAGCUGCAUGGAGUCCCAAAAACCAUUGUCAGUGAUCGCGACAAGGUGUUCACCAGCCGUUUUUGGCAACAUCUAUUUUGCAGUAUGGGCACGAAAUUGGCAAUGACUUCAGCGUAUCAUCCACAAUUCGAUGGUCAAUCUGAAGCCCUGAAUAAGUGUCUUGAACAAUAUUUACGUUGUUUUUCAUUUGAGAACCCAUCCAAAUGGGUUGACUUCUUACCUUGGGCGGAGUUUUCAUAUAACACAGCCAAGCAAACAAGCACAUGCUUCUCUCCAUUCAAGGUUCUCUACGGCUGUGCCCCACCACAGUUACUUUCUUACUCUGUUAAUGACCAUGACCCAUCUGUAGUCACUGCCUUCUUACAACAACGAGAUCAGAUCUUAUCCCACUUGAAGUUCAAUCUCUCAAAGGCCCAAGCUCGAAUGAAACGUCUGGCUGACACCAAACGCACUGAGCUUUCGUUCGAGAUAGGAGAAUGGGUCUUUGUCAAACUACGGCCCUAUAAACAACAUUCUGUUGCUCUCCGUCAGAAUCACAAUCUUUCUCUUCGGUAUUUUGGGCUUUUUCGGGUUAAACGCAACAGUGCUUGGGUUUCGCAGGAGGAUCUUAUACCCCUACAGCAGCAUUAUCCUUCCUUAGACCUUGGGGACAAGGUCUCUCUCAAUGGGUGGGGUAAUGUUAUAUUCCCUUACAUAGUGAAAACCAAAGAAGGACCCAUUGACCAGUUAAUGGAGUCAAACAAGGGGGAUUCAUCACCAGAUACAGUGCGUCAUCCUUAUGCAAGAAAGAAGAAGAUCAUGGGGAAGGAACAAGGGGGUAGUUCAGAUGAGCUGGAAGCUAUAACAACAACUUCCAAGGAACCAAUAGCAAAGCGAAACGUGGGUGAAAGAAUUAAAAGGGUGAAUCAGCUGUACAAGGAUUUUGUGAUGGGCUGA